AUGCAGACUGCUUCUACAAACAUUUUUGAAAGACUGUGCAAUAAGUCCAUCCGUGAAAUUUCCUUGCUACAAAAUAUUCCACAGUCAACUGUUAGUGGUAUUGUAAAAAAGUGGAAGCGACUGGGAACAACAGCAACUCAGCCAUGAAGUGGUAGGCCACGUAAAAUGACAGAGCAGGGUCAGUGCAUGCUGAAGCACACAGUGUGCAGAAGUCGCCAACUAUCUGCAGAGUCAAUAGCUAAAGACCUCCAAACUUCAUGUAGCCUUCAGCAUAGCACAACAACAGUGUGUAGAGAGCUUCAUGGAAUGUUUUUCAGCAGCUGCAUCCAAGCCUUAUAUCACCAAGUGCAAUGCAAAGCGUCAGAUGAAGUGGUGUAAAGCACGCCACCACUGGACUCUAG